GACUUCAACUCCCAUAAUCCUUAGCGAAGGUUCUCUGUGUUUACAACCAGCUGACAUCCGGCGUCUUCCCGUCCAUUAGCCUCCGAUACCCACAGCAAACGAUUUCAAUCUACAUUCGAUGUUUUCCAGCUGAAAAGCCCCCACUUCUGCUUCGCCAACUAAACUGAAUGCAACAUUUUAUGAUAUUCAUCAGAUGCAGGUAAGGUCGACGGGACAAAAAGCUGCACAUACAGCUGGCCCACAGCUAACAGGAUGGGAAUCAGCUAACAUUUAAGCUAAAGGUAACGCUAGUACAAGCCUUCUCUGCUCGCAGGGAUUCGACAUUUGUCAGGAUGAAACUCGGUGCCAGUGUUAGUGCUUGGACGAGAUAUUUUACUCUGAAUCCUGAAACAUCCACAGUCUGUUUUUAUUCUUACACUCUGCGUAUUUGCAGUGAUGGAUUAGUCUAGCUCUUGUAAGCGCCGCUGCCGAAGCUAACCGAGCUAAGUUAGUGAUUUAAAUUAGCUUGAACACAGUGAGGUGAGCCUGUUAAAUCUACUCUCACACCAUAUUAGAUAAAUAAUAAUAAUCAUCUACAGACUUGAUGUUUGAUUGAGCUCAUUAUGGCGCGAGCUGUAACGUUAGCGACAUGCUGUCUCGCUGUGGUGUUAUAGAUUAUUCAGGGCAGCGGUGGUACCAGGCUGUGGGAAGCUGCCUCACACUGUUUGUGUUGUUUGUGUGUGUCAGGGCUCUGGCCCCGUCUCCAGCAGCUGAAGCACGCCAGUCCUGUCCUCUCUGAUCCACGUCCACGGCCUCCACACUCACUAAGCCAUGACCACCCAGAGGGAUCUUGAUAUGGUGAGUUAUUGAGGGUUUGCCACCUCACCUUGAGUUAUUUCCCAACUAAAACACCCAGAAAAUAAGGCAGUAAGCUCUGUUAUUUCCACACACAGUGCAGAGAUGCACUUGAUUUCAAUGGUGACAUCUUUACUUGAAUCUUUACCCGCCCUCAAAAUAAUUCAGGGUAUGAAUAGGAGGGAAGGAGGGGGGUCAUGGAUUAGCCACAGUGCACACAAACACUUAGCUGGGACAGUGACUGCUGUUCCUGUGAACACCAUCUGUCUAAUCUCAGUUAAAACGCUGCCCUACUUUCCUUUCAAGGUUUAGACGCCAAUUGAUUGCAACCUCUCAAUAAAUCCUGGUCACUGUCCUCCCCCACCAUAGGAAUGGACAACACUAGUUUAAAAACAGCAGAGAAGGUGGCAGCACUCCAACAGAGACUCACUUCACUUUGAUUCAAACUGCUGUCUUACCUUUAAACAUGCACAUGAUAUAGAGAUACAGAAACCUAGCAGAUUUUUGUGCACCUGUAACCUGCAAAGUUUUGUGUUUUUUUUUCAUUGAGCACCAAAGACUCAAAGGGAUCACAGCAUAGAGAUUUAUUUUCCUCAUGUAAAUGUUGGGGCUCACCACUUAGAAGUGGAACUAAAAGUUAGUUCAAGGUCAGCAAAUGCCAUCAGUAACAUUAAGAAGCAAAAAACUAGUACGUAAUAGUUGCUGGUAUGUCAGUUCACUUUGAUUCAAACUGCUGUCUUACCUUUUAACAUGCACAUCAUAGAGAUAUCUUACAAGAGACAACAUAGCAGAUGUUUGUGCACCUGUAACCUGCAAAGUUUUGUGUUUUUUCUUUGAGCACCAAAGACUCAAAGGGAUCACAGCAUAGAGAUAUUUAUUUUCCUUCUUUAAAUGUUAGGGUUCACCACUUAGAAGUGGAACUAAAAGUUGGUUUAAGGUCAGCAAAUGCCAUCAGCAACCUUUUAGAAGCAAUGAACUAGUACUUAAUAGUUGCUGGUAAAUCCUCUUAAGAUUUUUUAAUAAUUCGGGACUCUUCAUCAACGACGGAUCACUUAAAUGCAUUUAAAUUUAGCAGAUUAUUGUCCUCAUUGAUUUUAAGUGACAUGCUCCCUACGUCAGAAUAUUGCAAUAUAUAAAUAUAUAUAUAUCGUUGAUUAUAAAACUUGUUUAAGAACAUCUUAUUCAGGUGAAAGCAACAUAACAAGGCAGAGAGGGAUUUGAUGGAUCGUCUCUCUUGGCAGUUACCCCACAACAUAAGCUCAUGGUUGGUUUAAUGUUUUUAGGAAACCCAACCAACAUGAAUGAAGAGUGGAUAAGCUUUUGGUAGCUCUGUUAACCCUUUUAAAGAAGGGAUCCACCUCGAUGAGAAAGGAUUUGUCUUCCUUUGGAUUGGCAGACCUUAACUGGGUGUUGCCACGAGAAAGCAGGCAGAUUUGACUUUGUUUUUAUUUUGUUGGGAAUGAAAGGGAUGGGGAAGAGGAUGAGGACAAAGCCUGUUAAUGAUGGCAUGGGUAUGUAACCCCACAUUGAGGUUAUUCAGUUCAAAGAGGUAGGGGGGCAGGGCACCGGACCACCGGGGGAGGACUGUAUUUGUAAACAGAUCAGAGAGCAGGGCUGUUCCUCCCUGACGUCACACCUCAUGGUUAAGGCUCUUUGUUCUUUCUGCUGUGAUUUGUGACCCAGAGAAAGUUCAUGUGCCACCUUUCUUUAAAGAGGUGCAAACGUGGGGGAAAUCAACCACAUCCAUUGAGAUUCUUACCUCUGAGUAGAAACGCACCACAAAAAUAAAGUAGAUUUGAAUUUUUUCCCCUCAACUAAUAAGUGAAAGUGCUGGAAUAAUUGAUUAGAGAGGACGGGUGAAUAGAUUAAUGAGAAACAGUAUUUGCCACAGCAUAAAUGAGAUGACUUUGCUCCAAAAUGGAUCAGUUCUUGGGGUCUGAGUGAUGUGCUGAGCCUCACAAGGACAUGGUGACAGUAAGAGUGAAACACAAGAGGACAAAUAAUAUCAACAAAUGAACAUCAGUGUCAGGGCGCUGACUUCAGUCCAUAAAUAGUCAAUAUCUAAGUGUAUAGUAGUGCACAUAAAUGUCCCAAAUAUGUUUGAUUGUUAAAUGUAAACUCUUGUGAAACAUGUAUGCAGCUUGAAAAUCUCUACUCAUGUUAAACUGUGAUAUCUGAUUCUGCUGUGAUUUUAUACGAAUGAUAUUUUUCUAUAUUUCAUCACUCACACUUUAAUCUUGUGUCCACUUUUAGUUGUAUUUCUCAUUGCUUCAGCAACCGAAUACUUAAACGAGCUUUAUUUCAUGUAUUUCUGUUAACAUGAAGCAGUGGCGGUGUGCAUCAUCUUUGAUGUCUUGUAGUGUACAUCCCCACCUGUCGGCAAAGUAUUUUUCUAUAUGAUUGUGUCUUUUUUUAAAUAUAUUUAACCAGAUGAAAAUCCAACUAAAAGGUUAUUUAUGCCUUUUUUGAUACAGUUGUGGUUUAAAGUAAAAAGUUAUUUACCUUUUUGAUUCUUAAAGUCUACUCCACCAUCUUCAGUCUUGUGGGCGGAGGUCCGGUUCUUCCUGUGUACGGCCUCAGAACCUCAUUGUGUUUUGUUCUCUGGUUAUUUUGGAUCAUUACUCUUGAUAUGAGAGACUUUGUAUAAAAAGCCUUUUAUCCGAUUAUUAAUAAUCUAUUUAUUUGAUAAAAAUGCCCUGCCUUUUAGUCUCCUUUAAAUAUUUAGUCAGAAUUUCCUAGUACCGUUGCAGCACUUUAAUACUGUCAGGAAAAAGUCAUGAUUUCUUUGUCUAGCAUUUUUAAUCAGACAAAGAUGGGCAAAAGACUAUGACUAAUAAAGAAAACUAAUAAAAUGCUUGGUGUUUUAUUCAUGAAAAAUUGAUGACAUUGUAAAAUCAGGAAGUUGAAGAUCAGUUUUUGUGGGUCAUUUAAUGGUUCAGUUUACAAGCUCGCCUUAAUGUGUUCUGGUUUUGUGCCUCUCCUGAUGCUGGCGUCAUAUUUAGGCCUUGCAGGCAUGUUGGAUAAGGAACCAGCUUUUUUUUUUUUUUUUUUUUAAACAGAUUGGUUUGUGUAGUUGGCCAGAGGAUAAAAUGUAGAGGAUACCCUGCUGUUAAAGACCCUCCCACGCACAUAUGCACUGUCCCCCUCGGGGCUACGCACUGGCCAUGUAAAUUUAAUAACAUGGCCCAGAGCUGUCUGGGACACCUGGGGUUAUCGCAUUAGGCCGACAGCCCAGAGAGGCACUCAUGGCGCCCUGAAACCAAAGGGCCAGUGUUCCCCCCUCAGCCCCACCCUUAUCUGUUGUCGUCUCUGGCAACAGGGGCUCAUUUCAGUGUAAACCCUCAGUGAAUGAAGUGGCCCAGUCACAGGGUGGAGAUCUGCAGUGGAUAAAUCUAAUUAGACUGGAAUGCCCGUCUCUUCACAGCCCUCUGAAGGUCACCUCAUGUCUGAAGAGGUUAGGGGAAGUGGAAGGAUUCUUCUACCGCUAAUGAAGACACACUUAAUUGGAGCGUUGGUGUUUGUGUUGGCUGAUGCAACAUUUCUCCGGACUGGUAAUCUGUUUUUGUUUGUCGUUGUAGGUGCACCUGCGCCUCAUCUUGGUCAGUGGAAAAACGCAAGACUUCACUUUCUCUCCAAAUGAUUCGGCCACGGACAUCGCCAAGCAUGUGUUUGAGAACUGGCCUGCAGGUAAGUUGAAACACUAUCAGUGAAGUCGGUCUAAGUUUAGUGUUACUCUGCGUCUGUUUGUGUCUUUCACAGAUUUUAUUACUUUGUUUUUAAAGUAGUUCAACUGAUUCAAGUCUUAAGAGACACACUUGUGUAAGUUUCACACUUUUGUUUGUCAUUAUAAUAAAAACAGUGACCGUCAGGGGCGUGUGAUUCACUGUGGCAUUUGUCAGUCAAUUAUGACCUUCAGCUACAACAGUGAUCACUGAUGAUUUUUAUACAAAGUCUUUAAAACCAGAUACACGAUUUUAGACGUUUUUUGUAUGAUUCAACUUAAAAAACUAAAGUCACCUGGUGGGUUAUUAUAACCAAGCUGAGCUUAUUACAGAUAUAUUGAUUCUUAUGUACAUAGAAUAAGAAUAAGCCCCUCCUAUGAUUCCAAUAGGAACUCAUCAGAGUUGUUCCUGGGUGUUUUACUUGGAUAACUUGGCAGACAUUUUUGUGUACUGUCACUCUGAAACUUAGACAGGGUAAAAAGCUUCUUAACAUGUUAGCUAUGGUGCAUGACUGUAUAAUUUCAUUUGAGGCCCAUAUUACAUCAAAAAAAGUUCAUUUGCCACUCUUCGUUAUGAGAUGUUAAAAAUACAUCAGUAUCAGGCUGAUAACUCCAGUUUGGGUGUGGCUGUAGUGUGUCAUGUCAUGUCAUGUGUCUCUGCUCCAUGCCAGGAUGGGAGGAGGAGAGGGUGAGCAGUCCCAGCAUACUUCGCCUCAUAUUCCAGGGGCGCUUUCUUCAUGGCAACGUCACCUUGGGAGGUAAGUUUGUCUCUGAAAAAAAAGCCACCACUGAGGUUACUGUAAGGCCUCUUUAAAUCCAUGAAUCUUAAUGAAAAGAAGAGUGACCAAGAUCAAGAUUUCCAUGCACAAAGUCUAGCGGGUAGCCCUUGAUGGACCAAAGGGCAAAUGGUGGUGGACAGCUCCUCUCUCUUCGCUGCAGGACAGAAAGAUUUAGAAGAUCUUUUGUACCAAUAGCCAUCAGGCUUUAUAACUGUUAUGUAAAUAAUACAUAACUUUUAUAGACAUGUUACGUGAGACAACAGACAAUUGAAUUUACCAACGGAGAUCAAUAAAGUUCUUCUUCUUCUUCUUUAAUGCCUGACACCACAAAUUAUGGCCAGAAAAUUCAAUUUUUUUGGAGCUGAAAUGUUAAUUUCACUUACCACUGAAAACCCCAAAUUUCAAAAAAUGUCCUUAAAAUUUAACAAAUAUAUUUAUUUAUCUCAUUUGAUACAUUAGAUGCUUUUGGAAACUACAAGAGGACAUUUUCAUCAUUUAUCAGACUGUAUUCAGGUGUUUUUUUUUGGUAAUUUGUUGAUCAUAUUGAUUUGAUAGAAGUAUAUAAAAGUAUGUAUCAAAUAACAUACAAAAGGCAUUAAAGGGUUAACUUUUGGGCAUGACUCUGUGGCUUUUAAGAAGCAGUGCUCCUCUGACUUCUCACUUUUAGAAAUAAAGACAGUUAAUUUAAAAAAAAAAAGAAGGAAGUGAUUCACUCAGUCAGCAAAAAUGGCACUGAGAGAGCGUCAUUAAAGGGCAGUAGUACAGACAAACCGAGCUUCACAGAUACAGGACAGAAGUAAAUAUGCAAAUCAUCUGCUGUCACAGUUGAGUUGAGUUAUUUUCCUUUCACAUCACUAUUGUUGUUUUUUAAGUGAGCUGUACCUGAUUUAAGUACAUCCACUGACAGAGAAGGAGAUCCUUGCUUGUUAAAACAGUAUCUAGGGUCUUCUGCAAGAAAAUAUCUGACCGGAAAAUCCUUAUCAGAUAUUUAUUCAAUACAGGGAACCGGUUUAGAACAAGAGUUAGAGAAACCUUAGGUGUUUGAAAUGUCAGUGGCUUUAUUGAGCAGAUGUUCAUUGAUCAAGCGUAUUUGCCUGAAAGGUUUGGCUGCACUCAUGCACUUAUUGCAGCGCCUUUCAUAGAUUCUAGCUCAGAGGAGGGGCAAUCAAAACACCAGAAAGUCGACUCAAAAGUAGUUGUUUUUUUCAUGUGGGUAGGGUCCAUUGUCACCAGGAACAAAUGCGCCUCAAUUGAGUUCACUUAGACAGAAAUUCCCUCUGAUUGCUUUCAGCAUGUCUGUCUCAUCAGAACUGCACGCUUGGCUAAUAGCUGUUUGAGGAUCAUAGAGUAAAUACUGAUCAGAAAAUUAAUUGGUACCUUCUUUGUUCACAGCUCUAAAGCUACCAGCAGGCCGGACCACCGUUAUGCACUUGGUUGCCAGAGAGACUCUUCCAGAGCCGAACUCUCAUGGUGAGGAUUUGUGCUUUCUUCGUGUUGCAGCGGCUUGUUUCUUCUUUUAAUCUUAACCUUGUGUUUCUGCUGUCUUGCUUUUGUAGGUCAAAGGAACAGAGAAAAAACCACAGAGAGCAACUGCUGUCUCCUCUUGUAAAGCAACAGAAAUGAAACCCCUUUAUCCCCUACCUUAAACUUACACAUACAUGUACACAAACACAAUACACACACACACACACACACACACACACACGCAUACAUAUAAACACACACUGACUCGUAACAUACAUACUCCUUGUUCUCUCCUGCCCGUCAUCCUGUCAGAUCUGGAUAAGAAACGAAUCCGAGGCUGGUGUGGGCCGUUGUCUGCUCUGGUUGAAGACCGGGCUUUAUUUUGUGCCAACUUAUUGACUUUUAGCCCUAAUACUUUAAAAGUUUUGCUGUUAUCUCAUUUUGAACAUCAUGACGUUUAACAGUAUCUGCAUCACCUCAUGGACACGUCUGCUGUGGGACAAGUUUUCCACAGCUGUCAGGAACUUGUCUGUCUUUGUGGACACAGAGUUGUUAUAAAGGAUGUAAGGAUUUGUGGGCUCUUACCCUUCCUAACUAAAUCUUAUGGAUGUUUCCCCAGGUCUUACUGAAUGGUGUUAACCCUCUCAUUGCACUUAACCAGUUUGUUAAUCCAGAAGUGUUUACUGUGUUUCAUUGCAUCUUUUCCCCCCAUUUGCUCUCGUUUAUUUUCUCGGUCAGAGGAACAGACUCUUAUUUCCUUUCAUGGUGAAAAAAUGUGCCAUCCUCCUCAUGAGACUGUUUCUGCCUCUUACUGACUGAAUGACUGAACCAAUCAGUUUGUAUCAGCAACCAGUGGCGUUUGUGCCAUGACCUUAACGCCUGUUUGUUCUUGGAAAUUGGACCAAUGGAAAACAGACUUUAAAUUCUGGAGGAGCCACGUAAACACCUGAGGGGAAGUGCAGGGUGCAGACCCCCUGCGAGGCUUGUGAAGACAGAGUCAAAGGAUUGGGUGGAUUGCUUGUGUGUCUCCGGCUUUGACUUUAAAGGACUAGAUUGUCGGAGGUAAACACGGCGGGCCAGUUAAACGCAUACAGGGGAAGCGGUUGAAGAUGAGAGGGAGGGGCGUUGUCGCUGUGAGACCCACUUCUAUUGGACACUGAAUGAGGAAGAGGGAGAGUUUCUCCCACUUGGAUGACGUCAAAAGGAAAAUUUUGGGCGGGGUUUCACCUCCUUUUUCAUUAGGAUGCUGUCUUUACUUCUUGUUUGCCUUUUAUCGUGGAAUUCAGUAAUAUCAUUAAUAAUGAAAUUUAAAUAUAUCAAUUUUUAUCUCGUGUAAAGGUAUUUGUUCAACUUUUGUGUGGUUGAGUUUGUGUGUGAGUGUGUCUGAGGUUGUGUGAUGCACGUGACAAACUGUGUGAAGACUAGUGAGGGCAUGUGGUCUUAGAAAAAAGGGGUGGCGCACUGGGAGUGUUGAUGGGCUGGGUUUCUUCAGAAACAGUCAGAAACCUUUUGAUUCCUUCCAUUGAGUGUCCUUUGGUUUGUGUUCAUGUCAAUCAGUGUCACUGCUAUGAAGUUCAGCUCAGUAUGAAUAAAUGUAAAAACUAAAAUACAAUGUGGUCUACAUAAAAGCUUGUAUUAUAAAUUAAAAAAUCUUUAAUAAGGCAAAUAA